CUCCACGGGUGGGCGGAGGGAUACAAACCUGGGGUUUAAAGACAGGAAUGAGUUGCGCGGUUUUUUCACGGAGAGAAAAAGGUGCGAGAGCUGCUGUACCUGCGCGGGUGUCACACAAGUAACGUGCGGUGUGGUUUGGUUUCUUUUCCUCGGCUGAAAAUAUGAAGAAAGCGCAUCUUUACGGAGCACCUGUGCAGGUGUACCCGGCAAGGAAACGAAGCACGAUGAAGUGCGCGGCCCGCCGGGGAAGCGUCGUGCUGUGGCUGAUGGCGGUCGCGUGUGUGAUCGUUGUCGUCGUCUACCUGCAGCAGUCCAACGUCUCGUCUGAAGGUGGUUGGCAUAAAUUACCCAAGCUCAUCAAUUUCUUCCCUCGCGAAGCCAAAAUAUCCAGCAAGCGUUCAGCUGGUGUAUGUGGUACUCCAAGAGAGUGUCCUGCACAUGAGAUCAGUUUCUACAUCCACAGCGGAGCCGCCAACGUCGUCCCCGCGGCCAUCUGCGUCCAAAACAAACUGGUUCUGGGAACUGCGCUGAACAACGCUGGAGGAGGAAUAAACAUCGUUAUCCUAAACGGUAAAACGGGAGAAGUCCUGAAGACGGAUCACUAUGACACGUACAGCGGAGAUGUGAAACCGUUCAUUGAGCUACUGAAGAGCAUCGAGACGGGCUCCAUCGUUAUAAUGGCAUCCUACGACGAAGCCUCAACAAAGUUAAACGACGAGCUCAAGAAUCUGAUUGCUGAACUGGGAAGCUCCCACAUCCACUCGCUGGGAUACAGGGACAACUGGGUGUUUAUUGGUGGCAAAGGAGUAACGGGGAAGAGCACCUUUGAGAAGCACAUGAAGAGCGACUCGGCAACCAACAAAUACGACGGCUGGCCCGAGAUGAUCGGGCUGGAGGGCUGCGUCCCCAAAUAUCUGGAGUGACGGGCGAGGUGGCGGACGCACGGCCGGUGAUUUGGAGACUGAUCUGGGACCAGCAAGUCGUGCAAACCAAAUCCAGGUGAACCCACCUGCUCUGUGUCUUGUCUGCGUGAGGCUUUCAGGGAAGUUGGACUCUGUCUCCGUCUGCUGUCUGAAGCCAGGUGAGCUGUGCAGUAAGACCUCCUGAAGGUUUCUGACAUCCAGCCUCUCCUGAAGCGCUGCAGGCACCAUCACCGGAACCAGAGUCUCCAGGUUUUAUCUUCGAGUCCUCCCAGAGCAGCUCGGCCGCACCUUCCAGUUUGUUUCUUCGUUAAUGUUUUAAGUGUUGCUUUGAUUUCUUAAGAAUGACAGACUCUGACAGAGACGAUGACAUCAACCAGCCAGGAUCACACACAGGUCUGGGGAUGUUUCUGGACUUUUUUGAAUGUGCAUAUUUUUAUUGUGUCCUUUCUUGAGUUUAAGGUUAUUACAAAGUGAAUUAGUUGCCGGGCUGUGUGUCUGCACGUGUGGUUGUUGGUUUGUUUACAUUAAAAAUGAAAGGAAGCCGAAUGAAGAAGAUGCUGAUGCUUUGACUCCGGAGGAAGACAACGAUUUCGAGGCUAGAUGAAGGUUACCUGGUUCUGCCUGAAGCUUCUUCCUGUUUAAAGGGAGUUUUUCCUUCCUUCUGUCACCAAGUGCUUGCUCACAGGGCGCUGUCUGAUUGUUGGGUUUCUGUUUUAUUGUAAGAUCUUUACUGCACAAUAAAAUGUGUUUGAGGCCGCUGCUGUGGGUUUGUACUAUAUGAAUAAAGUUGACUUGAACUGAA